AUGACCACCCAAAUUGAGGUUUCCCAAGCCCAGGCAUCAUGUUCAGGGUCAUUCUCUACUUUGACAGCUUCGUCCGUCAUAUCUAGUCUAAGUCCUGGAUGGAACCUAGGUAUACCACUUGAUGCAUUUUCUACCGAAGGGAGUUGGAACAAUGCAGUGGUUGACUCCGGUACCUCUGAUAAUGUGGAGAUAGCCGGCUUCAAUAGCAUUCGGAUACCAGUGACCUGGGCCUACCAUUUCACAGGCACCACCAACGAAGGGGACUUGCCUGAUUGGACGAUGCAUUCUACGUGGCUCCAACGCGUGUCAGAUGUCAUCGAUAUGGCCACCGAUCGUGGAUUCUACAUAAUCGUCAACGCUCAUCACGACUCGGCUCUUUGGGCUGAUGUGACUGUAUCUGGGGUCAAUUUGACUAUGGUCGAAGAGAAGUUUUAUAGACUUUGGUACCAAGUUGGCGUUGAACUUGGCUGCAAACUAUCAACUGUAGCCUUCGAACCCUUGAACGAGCCGCCGGAAACAACUUCCGACCACGCAGCUGAGUUGAACAGAUUGAACAAUAUAUUCCUGCAAGCGAUCAAUGAUACUGGAGAAGACAUGAGCCGUACGGGCCAAUAUUUCCAGCGUCCUGACUCCACUUAUAGCAACCCUUACGCACUGCAACAUGGGACAAAAACCAUAUGGGGCUCGGAUGCGGAUGAAGCGGCCCUCGAGAUAGAUUUCUCCCUGCUCCAAAAUAACUUCACCGAUAUUUCUGUGGUCGUCGUGGAAUGGCUUGCAAGCUCAGUCAUGACGGAAACGGCCGGAUGCUGGAGGUACUACGACUAUCUGUCGCGUAUGGCUGCGAAGUAUAACUUCGCAACGAUCAUAUGGGAUUCCGAUGCGAAUUUGGAUUCGUCGACAACGAACCAAUUCACCUGGGCAUACAUCUUCAAUAAAGUCGGCAAUAAUGUACAAGAUUAUGACCUGCCAUUUGUUUUGAAUGGCAACUCUGUUAGCGAGGUGGCCUAUGGAUAUUCCACCCUUGUCGAAGGGACACAAUCCUACCUCGAGGAUAACAAUAUCACAUUCUCUGCUUCGUAUCUAUCAAGCUAUUUUUCUUCCACGAGCACUGACAUCCUAGAGACCAUUACAAUUUCUUUCUCUGCUGGUGCUGCCAUACCGGUGCAGAUAGUUCAGUGGGAUACGCCUGUAAUCACUACCAGUAGCGCACAGGCUAUCUCAGGGUCCGACACGGCGGUUUCAAUUAUCUGGAAUGGUGUCGGCAGGCCAGCGACUGUGGGUGCAUAUAAGUCGGACGGAAGCUAUCUUGUGGACGGUUGGACGAUCUACCUGAGACCGCUGGAACAAGGGGGCCAAGAAGGAAUAACAAUUACGGGCAGCGCCGCUUCUGCAGACGUUGCAGCUAGCCAGCCUACGACCUUCGUGAUCGACACUUAUCCCCGAGUUGCCGGGAACAGCGCGAAUUUUACACUGACAGUAGGAGUGGGUGCCAUAUUAAGAUAUCUGUGAUUUGAAAAAUAUGUGUCACAGGUCGCGGACGAUGUGAUGACGCGGCAUUGAAAGUAAUUUUUGCAAAAUAGGAUGCAAGAGUUUUCCAGUAGCUUACGAUUGCAU